AUGAGUAAGGAGAACGCCCGGGAAAUGGCAGGAGCUGUCUCCAAGGAGACGAAUAGAGAGAUGGAAGGACUUAUCCGCAGCCAACAUGAGCUCUACGGGCGCAUUGCUCGCUCGUACGAGAACCUGAGGAAAGUGGGAACACCGAAUAUUACCAUCGGGUUGGUGGAGGCGCGCUUGCAGGCCCUCGAGUCCAACUGGGCGAAAUUCGAGGCGCAGCACGAGAAAAUAUAUGCCGGCUACUGGGAGAUCCUGGCGGAUCAUGACUACGAGAAGAAGGACGUGCCGUCUACCGCGGAGGAGGCUUACAUACAGCAAAAGGGCAUGUUCCUCGAGACGCUCCGCAAGCUCAAGAGUAAAGCGGAAGGCGCUCCCGCACCAGCCGCUGCCGGGACGAACCCGCCUCGUACGACCUUGCCGCGCAUUCAGCUGCCAGAGUUCGAGGGCAAAUACGAAGAGUGGCCCGCCUUCCGUGACCUAUUUCAUUCGAUAAUCGGGAAGGAUGCCGCCACGACUCCAGUUGAGAAGCUACACUACCUGAAGUCGUGCUUAAAGGGGGAGGCGGAACUCCUAGUGCGCAGCCUGCCCACGACGGACGAGAACUUCGAGCGCGCUUGGAAGACCUUGACGGACUACUACCAAAACAAGCGACUCCUGGUGCGCUCAUACCUCGCUCAAUUUACGUCGCUGCAAAAACUGAAGGGUGAGUCAGUAUCCGAGUUACGCAAAGUGUAUCACCGAGUCGUGAGCACUGUCGGCGCUCUUGACAGCAUCGGGCGGCCGAUUUCGCGUAGUGAGGACCUGUUCGUCCAUCUCGUCGUAGAUCUUCUCGACCCGCGUUCGCGUCGCGAGUGGGAGAACGCUGUCAGCGAAACGCCGGAUCCGCCGUCGUUCGCCGUGUUGCAGCAGUUUCUGGACCGACGCCUGCAUACUCUCGAAUCGCUCCAGCCGGCGAAACCAGAGAACGCGACUUCCGCGAAGGCCGGGGGGAAUUCCGCGCAGCAAACGCGAGCCUUGCAUGCAAAGGCAAAGGAAAACCGACUCGGUCGCUGCUCCGUAUGCCAAAAGGGACAUUUUAUUAUGUUUUGCGCCGCGUAUAAGGGGAAAACCGCCGCGGAACGAAAACAGCACGUCGAGGCAAAUAAUCUCUGCCUCAAUUGCCUCGGAAAACACAAAUUAAACGAGUGUGAUUCGAAACGAAAUUGCUCAGUGUGUGACGGCCGACACCAUUCGAGCCUGCACGACGCGUAUCAAGGAACCGAGGUCGCCACAACUUCGCAUCUCGCGCAAGGACCUUCCGAGAACGCAGUGGCUGUGCUCCUCGCCACCGCCCGUGUCCGCGUGCGUGAUCGGUUCGGCAUCGAGCGUACCGCGCGAGCUCUAAUCGACCAGGGUUCCGAGUCAUCGCUCGUCGCGGAAUCGUUGGUGCAGCGCCUAAAACUGUCCCGCGCACCCGCCUCGGUCGCGGUAUUCGGUGUUGGCGGGAAGCGGACGGCUCGUGCGCGAGGCCUGGUGACCCUCGAAAUCUCACCCCGGGGAGGAGGGCCGUCGAUCGCCGUGUCGGCCUUAAUACUCCCUCGGCUCUCCCUUUACGGUGGAGGGAUCCGUGCGGAUAAAGAGGCGUGGACGCAUCUCCGCGGGCUGGAGCUCGCAGAUCCCGAAUUUCUAGGCUCGGACCCGGUGGAUUUCCUGCUGGGCGCCGAUGUCGUCGCCGAGAUCCUCCAGCCGGGACUGCUCAAGGGCGGGGCACACGAGCCUGUGGCCCAGAAGACGGCGUUAGGGUGGAUCAUCUCCGGAGCCGCCGGAGCGGUGGCGAAUCCGGAGGCCGCAGUAGCGCACCAGUGCCACGUUGACGCGGAGCUCUCCGCUCUGGUGCAGGGGUUCUGGCGGCAGGAGGAACUGCCCGUCGGCCCUCCCGCGCUAACCAGGGAGGAGCAGGAGGCCGAGGACUUUUUUGCACGAACCCAUUCGCGUACCGCGGAGGGCCGAUUCGUCGUGAGACUCCCCGUCGUAAAUCCGCUGCCCGAUCUCCGGGGAACGCGUAACUACGCGCUACGGGUGCUAACUCAGAUGGAAAGGCGGCUUUCCCGCGACGAGAAAUUGAAGAGCCUGUACGUCGACUUCAUGCGGCAGUACGAGGAACUCGGCCACAUGACCCCCGUCGCGCCGGACAAGAUCGCGAAAAGCCGAGUGUGUUAUCUCCCACACCAUGGCGUCAUGCGGGAGGCAAGCUCCUCGACGAAGCUGCGCGUGGUGUUCAACGGCUCGGCGGCGCUUCCUUCGGGCGACUCACUAAAUCGGUACCUACGGGCGGGACCGAAUCUGCUGCCGGCCCUAGCGGACGUGCUGCUGCGCUGGCGUCGUUACCGUUACGUCCUUGCCACGGACGUGGAAAAAAUGUACCGCCAGAUUCUGGUUCACGAGGAAGAUCGUGAUCUUCAGCGGAUCUUGUGGCGGUACCACACAGACGAGAAGAUACGGGAGUAUAUUCUCAACACCGUUACCUACGGGCUAACCUGUUCUCCUUUCCAGGCUAUUCGUGCUUUGCUUCAGCUAGCCGAAGACGAAAAGGAACGCUUCCCGCUGGCCGCUCUAGCGCUGCUCGGCGCUCGCUACAUGGACGAGGUACUUUCGGGCGCCGACACCCUCGAAGAGGCUAUGGCCCUUCGGCAGCAGCUAACGGAACUCUGUGCGGCGGGCGGCUUUCCGCUGCGCAAGUGGUCGGCUAACGAUGAGAUGCUCAAGGACUGCUGCGCGUUGGCGGGCGGCUCAAGCACGCCGUCCUGGCCUACGACGAACGGCAUCCCGUGA